CAAUAAUGUCAAAGACUAAGAACUGAUUGGCUGUAUUGGAGGAUGUAGAGUUUUGUUGUGUUGAUGUUUUGUAGUUAUCGUUGCGUUUCAUUCUCUCAUGUAUACAGUUGCUAUCGCUGUCUCACCCGUCAAAGCCAUAAACUAUCUACUUGAAAUUGAUUAUUUUUUAUUUGUUCAAGCUGUUGUCAUCUGAUUGUGCUGUGAUUUCUAAAAUUUCUCGAAUUUACUGCUUUGUUUGCACUAUCCUACAAUAAAGUGUCAUUACAAUCUCCAGUAAUGUUUUAAGGCUAAAUAGCGCCGUUUCUUUCUUUUUUGUUUGAACUAAUAAUUUGCUUGUAAAUGUCCGUGUCUUUGUGUGUUCUCCGUAUUGAAAUUGACGAAGAUCUACCCGAAAUGGGCGAUAAUCCUGUAGAAAUGGAAGCUGCCAAAGAACAGAAGAAGAAGGACCGUGGAGCUCGUGAGUCCAAGACCAUCACUGUAGAAACAUAUGCUAGUGUUCUCACGGGACCAAACAUGGACACAGGGAUCCUCCCCACCAGCUCCAGACGCUCCCCUCCUGAGCACAGCAUGUCUGAGGACGAAGACACUAUCAGUUUCUUUUGUGGAAACCCUCUUGUUGAAGUCACAAAGGGGGUCCUACAUCUGUACAAAGAAAAUGAAAUGAAAGAAGCAGAGGAAGCAAAGACCCUGUGUCUGCUGUCCGUACCCGGGGCUCUUGGAGCUCCAGACCUUCUGGCUUUUGCAGCGGCCUGUCAGCAGGACAUUGCUCAUGUCAGGGUGUUGAGAGAUGGCUCACCUGAUCAUUACAUGGCUUUAUUUACAUUCCGCACAAGUGACGCGGCACGUGAGUUCCACGAGACAUUCGACGGGGUGCCGUACAGCAGCUUAGAGCCUAACGCCCUGUGUCACAUGGCCUGGGUGUCGCGCGUCGAGUGGGCGAGGGACGGCACUCCGCCGCCCUCCCACACUGAGCUGCCUACUUGUCCUGUUUGCCUCGAGCGCAUGGACGAGAGCGUGGCGGGCGUGCUGAGCGUGCAGUGUGCGCACGCGUUCCACGCGGAGUGCCUGGUGCGGUGGCGCGACGCGCGCUGCCCCGUGUGCCGCUGCGCGCAGACGCCGGAGCCGCGCGGCCAGGCUGUCUGCUUCCAGUGCGAGCGCGCCGCACUCGCAGAAGAAGAUGGCGACGAGACACGUGAAAACAUUAGCGGUGUUGCCGAGGGAUUGCUGGACGGUGUGGAAGCUGGCACGCUGUGGAUCUGUCUCAUCUGCGGGAAUGUUGGGUGUGGCAGGUAUGAAGGAGGUCACGCAGCUAAACAUUUCUUAGCAUCGAACCACACAUACGCACUGCAAUUGGGGUCCAAUCGAGUUUGGGAUUAUGCAGGUGACAACUUCGUCCAUCGCUUAGUUCAGAACAAAGCUGAUGGUAAGCUGGUGGCUGCAGAGGGAGGCUUUACUUCAGAAGACUCGGCCUGUGGGGGGGAGAAGCUGGACUCUGCACAACUGGAGUUCACAUACAUACUGACACAGCAGCUUGAUAGCCAGCGGAUGUUCUACGAGGAGAAAAUGAACAAGUUAGAAGCAGAACACAUAUCGGAGUGUGAGAAGCUUCGGUUCCGAGCGACGGAGGCGGAGGCCAGCUCCUCCAAGCUGAGCGAACAGGUCGCCACCCUUACCAAGGAGAACAAGAACCUCGAGCGGAAACUGCAGCAAGUCACUAACAAACUAUCAGUAUUACAGAAUGAGUUGUCAGAGGAACGAGGUCUGGCCGCAGCCCUCGCUAACAGCCAGGCGGAGUGGCAGGCCAGGGCUAAACUAAAGGAAGAGACCUUUGUUAAAGAGGUAUCGGAGCUAAAAGAGCAGCUUCGAGACAUGAUGUUCUUCGUGGAAGCUCGCGGGCAGCUGCAGCAGGCGAACGUCUCGCAGGAUGAGCUCGCCGCCGCCCAAGUCAGCGUCGCCCCGCCCCCCAAACCGCGCCGACGCCGGCGGUAGCCUGGUACCUUGGAAACUCUACGCUUAUCUUAUAAAAAUACUUCUCUUUUUGAUAAAAGUUACCUGGGGAAUAAUUAU